AUGGUUGGUGUUGGUUGGUGUUGGUUGGUGUUGGUUGGCGUUGGUUGGUGUUGGUUGGUGUUGGUUGGUGUUGGUUGGUGUUGGUUGGUGUUGGUUGGUGUUGGUUGGUGUUGGUUGGCGUUCGUUGGUGUUGGUUGGUGUUGGUUGGCGUUGGUUGGCGUUGGUUGGCGUUGGUUGGUGUUGUUUGGCGUUGGUUGGCGUUGGUUGGCGUUGGUUGGUGUUGGUUGGUGUUGGUUGGUGUUGGUUGGCGUUGGUUGGCGUUGGUUGGUGUUGGUUGGUGUUGGUUGGUGUUGGUUGGUGUUGGUUGGCGUUGGUUGGUGUUGGUUGGCGUUGGUUGGUGUUGGUUGGUGUUGGUUGGUGUUGGUUGGUGUUUGGUUGGUGUUGGUUGGUGUUGGUUGGCGUUGGUUGGUGUUGGUUGGUGUUGGUUGGUGUUGGUUGGCGUUGGUUGGUGUUGGUUGGUGUUGGUUGGUGUUGGUUGAUGUUGGUUGGCGUUGGUUGGCGUUGGUUGGCGUUGGUUGGUGUUGGUUGGCGUUGGUUGGUGUUGGUCGGUGUUGGUUGGUGUUGGUUGGUGUUGGUUGGUGUUGGUUGGCGUUGGUUGGUGUUGGUUGGUGUUGGUUGGCGUUGGUUGGUGUUGGUUGGCGUUGGUUGGUGUUGGUUGGUGUUGGUUGGCGUUGGUUGGUGUUGGUUGGUGUUGGUUGGUGUUGGUUGGCGUUGGUUGGUGUUGGUUGGUGUUGGUUGGCGUUGGUUGGUGUUGGUUGGUGUUGGUUGGCGUUGGUUGGUGUUGGUUGGCGUUCGUUGGUGUUGGUUGGUGUUGGUUGGCGUUGGUUGGUGUUGGUUGGUGUUGGUUGGCGUUGGUUGGUGUUGGUUAGUGUUGGUUGGCGUUGGUUGGCGUUGGUUGGCGUUGGUUGGUUUGGUUGGUGUUGGUUGGUGUUGGUUGGUGUUGGUUGGUGUUGGUUGGUGUUGGUUGGCGUUGGUUGGUGUUGGUUGGUGUUGGUUGGUGUUGGUUGGCGUUCGUUGGUGUUGGUUGGUGUUGGUUGGCGUUGGUUGGUGUUGGUUGGUGUUGGUUGGCGUUGGUUGGUGUUGGUUGGUGUUGGUUGGUGUUGGUUGGUGUUGGUUGGUGUUGGUUGGCGUUGGUUGGUGUUGGUUGGUGUUGGUUGGUGUUGGUUGGCGUCACGAACAGCAGUUGCCUCGGCGUCCGUCCUCUGA